CGACCCACGCUCAGAAACAGCCUUUGCCCUGUUGCGCCAACUCCAGGGCUCAGAUUGUGAAAGGGUGAUUUCCAGAAGGGCCAUGGGAGCGUUUGCAGUCUUCAUCGUCACCCUCCUUCUCUUUGGGACAGCAGAGUCUGUUGAUGAUGGUUUUGAUCUCUCGGAUGCUUUAGCUGGGCCAGAACUCCCACAAGGAAACAAGGAGAAAGGACGGUGUCCAAAUGAUGCCCGAGAUAUCAUCUUUGUGAUCGAUGGUUCAAGCAGCAUGCGAUCCUCAGAAUUCAUGCAUCUGAAGAACUUUGUUACACACACCAUGAAAAGCUUUCCCAACAAUACACAGUUCUCCCUCCUGCAGUAUUCAAGCCGUUUUCAGGAGCAUUUUGACUUCAAGCAUUUCCAGAGAAAUCCCGACCCGGAUCACCUGCUCAGCCAGGUUAAACAGCUGGGAGGCACCACACACACAGCGUCUGCCAUCCGGCAUGCCACAAGAGAUCUGCUCGUUCCUCACAGAGGCGCCCGCAACACAGCCACCAAGAUUCUGGUGAUAGUGACAGAUGGGCUGAAAACUGGGGACCCCUUAGACUACGCAGAGGUUGUCGAAGCAGCAGAGAGAGCUGGAGUCGUGCGCUUUGCAGUUGGGGUUGGGCUGGGCUUCAUAAGCACGACUGCAGUACAGGAGCUCAACGCCAUGGCCUCCCGUCCUGCCACGCAGCACAUACUGCACGCGCGUCACUUCACAGACCUCCAGGACACCGCUCGCCAACUGCAAGAGAAAAUUUGUUCCAGACGUGGUACAGUGACCGGCGAGAGAGGCCCAGCGGUUCCACAGCCCCCCAUUCCACCCAAGUCACCUGGUACCUGCGCACCGGACCCACAGGUGCUACGGAAACUGGAGCAAGUGUUGAGUGACCUGGAUAGAAUCGGUGCCAAACUGGACACCCUGGCCAACAAAAAAUGUGGGCGUGAACACUGAUCCUGAGCCAAGCGGUGGGUGCUGGUAAGACGAUCGACAGCAGGAGAUGGCUGACGGGAAGGAAAGCUCCAAGCCAGCUGGAUGGAAGAAGGCAGCCGAUGAAAUCCUCUCCUACAUGGUUUGGGAUGGAAUGCCGAUGUAUGCACCUGUGAUACCAAUAAAUUCACCUGCUCACAA